AUGGACUCGGGCCGGGACUUCCUGACGCUGCACGGCCUACAGAAUGACGAGGAUCUACAGGCGCUGCUGAAGGGCACCCAGCUCCUGAAGGUGAAGUCCAACUCAUGGCGGCGCGAGCGCUUCUACAAGCUGCAGGAGGACUGCAAGACCAUCUGGCAGGAGUCCCGCAAGGUCAUGCGAAGCCCCGAGUCCCAGCUGUUCUCCAUCGAGGACAUUCAGGAGGUGCGGAUGGGACACCGCACCGAGGGCCUGGAGAAGUUUGCCCGGGACGUGCCCGAGGACCGCUGCUUCUCCAUCGUCUUUAAAAACCAGCGAAACACACUUGACCUCAUCGCCUCCUCCCCAGCGGACGCCCAGCACUGGGUGCAGGGGCUGCGCAAGAUCAUCCACCACUCAGGCUCCAUGGACCAGCAGCAGAAGCUGCAGCACUGGAUUCACUCCUGCUUGCGGAAAGCUGACAAAAACAAGGAUAACAAGAUGAGCUUCAAGGAACUGCAGAACUUCCUGAAGGAGCUCAACAUCCAGGUGGAUGACAGCUAUGCCCGCAAGAUCUUCAGGGAAUGUGACCACUCCCAGACAGACUCCUUGGAGGACGAGGAGAUCGAGGCCUUCUACAAGAUGCUGACCCAGCGGAAGGAGAUCGACCGCACCUUCGAGGAGGCCGCAGGCUCGGGGCAGACGCUGUCCGUGGAUCAGUUAGUGACCUUCCUGCGGCACCAGCAGCGGGAGGAGGCGGCCGGGCCUGCACUGGCCCUCUCCCUCAUUGAGCGCUACGAGCCCAACGAGACUGCCAAGGCCCAGCGGCAGAUGACCAAGGACGGCUUCCUCAUGUAUCUGCUCUCGGCCGACGGCAGCGCCUUCAACCUGGCGCACCGGCGGGUCUACCAGGACAUGGGCCAGCCGCUCAGCCACUACCUGGUGUCCUCCUCCCACAACACCUACCUGCUGGAGGACCAGAUCACCGGGCCCAGCAGCACCGAAGCCUACAUCCGGGCGCUGUGCAAAGGCUGCCGCUGCCUGGAACUGGACUGCUGGGACGGACCCAACCAGGAGCCCAUCAUCUACCACGGCUACACCUUCACCUCCAAGAUCCUCUUUUGCGAUGUGCUCCGAGCCAUUCGGGACUACGCCUUCAAGGCAUCCCCCUACCCCGUCAUCCUGUCCCUGGAGAACCACUGCAGCCUGGAGCAGCAGCGCGUGAUGGCGCGACAUCUGAGCACGACUCUGGGCUCCAUGCUGCUGGACCGGCCGCUGGAAGGGGUUACCAACAGCCUCCCAUCCCCUGAGCAACUGAAGGGGAAGAUCUUGCUGAAGGGAAAGAAGCUAGGGGGGCUCCUGCCCCCCAGCGGGGAAGGGGGCCCUGAGGCCAUUGUCGUGUCUGAUGAGGAUGAGGCAGCCGAGAUGGAGGAUGAGGCCGUGAGGAGCCGAGUGCAGCACAAGCCCAAGGAGGACAAGCUCAGGCUAGUGAAGGAGCUCUCUGACAUGGUCAUUUACUGUAAGAGCGUCCACUUCCUGGGCUUCCCCGGCCCAGGCAGCCCGGGGCAGGCUUUCUAUGAGAUGGCAUCCUUCUCCGAGAACCGCAUCCUCCGACUGCUCCAAGAAUCAGGAAACAGCCUCGUCCGCCACAAUGUGAAUCACCUGAGCAGGAUCUACCCUGCGGGGUGGAGAACCGACUCCUCCAACUACAACCCCGUGGAGAUGUGGAACGGGGGCUGCCAGAUCGUGGCCUUGAACUUCCAGACGCCUGGGCCCGAGAUGGACGUGUACCAGGGCCGCUUCCAGGACAACGGGGCCUGCGGGUACGUGCUGAAGCCCGUCUUCCUACGGGACCCCAACUCCGCCUUCAACCCGCGCAACCCGGCUCAGGGGCCCUGGUGGGCUCGGAAGCGGCUCAACAUCCGGGUCAUCACGGGGCAGCAGCUGCCCAAGGUCAACAAGAGCAAGAACUCGAUCGUGGACCCCAAGGUGACGGUGGAGGUGCACGGUGUGGGCCGGGACAUGGCCAGCCGCCAGACCGCCGUGGUCACCAACAACGGUUUCAACCCGUGGUGGGACACGGAGUUUGAGUUCGACGUGGCGGUGCCGGAGCUGGCCCUCGUGCGCUUCGUGGUGGAGGACUAUGACGCCUCCUCCAAGAACGACUUCGUCGGCCAGAGCACCAUCCCCCUCAACAGCCUCAAGCAGGGAUACCGCCACGUCCACCUCAUGUCCAAGAACGGAGACCAGCACCCGUCCGCCACCCUCUUUGUGAAGGUGUCGCUGCAGGACUAG